AUGUCGCAGGAUAAGGCCCCAUUGCCGUUCGCCUACCAGUUCGCCGCUGGUGCGGUUGCCGGUGUCUCUGAGAUUCUCGUCAUGUAUCCGCUGGAUGUCGUCAAGACCAGAGUCCAACUUCAGACCGGCGCUGCUAAAGGCGCAGAGGGAUACAAUGGCAUGUUUGACUGCUUCAGCAAGAUUGUACGGAAUGAAGGGUUCUCCCGCCUUUACCGCGGCAUUAACGCCCCUAUCCUGAUGGAAGCACCCAAGCGAGCCACCAAGUUCGCCGCCAACGACAGCUGGGGUGCCUUCUACCGCAAUCUCUUCGGUAUGGAAAAGGUUAACCAGCCUCUCGCUAUUCUCACCGGAGCCACCGCCGGAGCCACGGAGUCCUUUGUCGUCGUCCCCUUCGAGCUCGUUAAGAUCCGUCUCCAGGAUAAGGAGUCUGCAGGCAAGUAUAACGGUAUGAUUGAUGUUGUUCGCAAGAUCGUCAAGCAUGAAGGUCCCCUGGCAUUGUACAAUGGCCUUGAAGCUACGCUUUGGCGUCAUAUCCUUUGGAACGCGGGGUACUUCGGCAGUAUCUUCCAGAUCAGGGCACAGCUACCUGCUGCUGAAAAGGGCAACCAGAGCCAGCAGAUGCGAAACGAUAUCAUUGCCGGAACUGUCGGAGGAACUCUAGGAACAAUCAUCAAUACCCCCAUGGACGUGGUCAAGUCGAGAAUCCAGAACAGCCCUAAGAUCGCUGGCUCCGUGCCUAAGUAUAACUGGGCCUGGCCUGCCUUGGGUACCGUGAUGAGAGAGGAAGGAUUCGGAGCACUGUAUAAGGGAUUCCUGCCCAAGGUGCUUCGGUUGGGCCCUGGAGGAGGUAUCCUGCUCGUUGUGUUUACCGCCGUGACGGACUUCUUCCGCACCUUGAGAAAGGAGUGA